GAAGACAAUCCGCGCGGUCGCCUCGCGCAUUCGUACUAACACCGGCCGCUUCCCGCGCGCUUUUACGCGGGAAACUAAACUAACGCACUUUUGUUUUUAUUUAUUGUCGAAACCUAAAAUUGAACUUUGAUUUUAAUUUUAAAAGUGUUGCUAUUGACAGUGAAUAUUUUUUAUUUGGAAACAACGAAUUUAUAAUAUUUGUCUUGUUUUACGUGUUACUUUUUAAAUUAAAAUGAAGCCCUCAACGAAACAGAUCAAGAGUUUCUGCAGCCUUCUUGUCCUGGUGCUGCAGACGUCGUAUGCGUCUGGAGGGUCCCAGUUCUCUUCCCACGUGACCGUGAACACUCCAACCAGGAGUUACUCCCAUGGCGUGGGGGAUCCAAUACCCGCCGGGAGGAGGGCUUAUCAGAGUCCCCUGCAACGACCGGGAUUGAGAUAUGGAAGACGACCACAGAACCAAGGCAAUGGUUACCCUAGAAUAAAACCGACAAUACCAUUCAACAACGAAGAGAGGCCUGCCAGCAACUUCAACAUUUCGCCGUGGCAGCAAAAUAGUUUUCAAGAAGUACCAAUCCCUGUGCUUCCACCGUCUCCGUACAAAGUGGACUCGCCAGACCCGGAGUCGCUAUGGCCUGAAGGUCUGUUCCUGCCCCCUCUACGGCCCUACACCUUCGCUGCCAACCGUCGCUCAGACUCCGGCCAGGUAUCAGGAUCAGAUACCCUGGAUCCAUACCUACUAGAAGGCUCGGAAGCUAUUGCUGCGGUAACGAGAGCGAAGGACCACGGCCAGCUCUACUUCCACGAUAUUCCACACAUUGAGUCCCUUCUCGCCAAUCAAGGACUACGAGUCAAGAACCGACUGAAGCCCCAUCGUUUAGGCAGCAUACGACACACCUGGCCAUACAACCGACCGUAGCAGAACAAAUAAAGAAAACAUUAAAAAUAAUC